GCAUACAACCUGUUUUUGGAGGAGGCAAUGUUCACAUCGAGAAAGUGCAACGACUGUGAUAAUAUUGAGGUGGUUAGGUAGCGUAAAAAACGCUUUAAAACGAUAAGUUUCAAUAAAUUAUCAAGUACAGAUAAACCCAUUCGCAUCAAAAUAGGUUUUAUGAUGUAAAAGGCCUUGAGUCGCAUAACGAAUUAAAGAAUUGCUAUUAUGGUAGAUGAAGUCCAAAGCAAUCACGAUCAAUUUUUCUGAAAAAGCUAUUGAACAGCAAUUCUAAGUAAGUGAUUAAGUAAUGAAUUAAUGAGGAAAUUCAAGGACAAGGGUUGGAACAUGAUGGGUAUAUAACUAGAUGGAAGACUAUACUCUAGCACAAACGCACUACUCUCCGCUUUUGAAACAUCCAGCCGGAUCCUGUCACCACAAUGGAGGUCCCUGUUAUGGUUGUCCUUUUGUGUGGAGUCUUGAUAAUUACUAUUGAAGCUGGAGUUGUAACUCGUCUUCGUCGCUCUCCUUCCAGCGAUAAAAUUGCCAAUAAAUUCAGAAUUCCGCACAUUGCUUUGGUUGGUCUAGUCGAUCAACCCGUACCAACGGCAAUUGGUAUCCCCCAGAAAACCCUUUACGCACCAACUUCUUAUGGACCCCCACCACUUCCUGUUUCCUACCCAGCACCAGCGUACCCUUCACCUUCAUACGCCCCUCCAUCACCAAGUUAUAUGUCACCAAUGAUGUCAUAUCAAUCGUCGUACGUACCACAACAGACACCGAACCAGUACUAUCAGUCGCCAAUGUACAUGCCUCCACAGACACCCUAUCAAGCCGCGCAACAGCCAUUGGCAACUGAGCCCCAACAGGAGCAAAUCCUUCCCGUGCCAAAACCCAAUGGCUUAGCAAACGCUACAGACCAAGUGGCAACCAAAGAUUUUCAGAUGGAAUCUACCGAUUUAUCCUUAACCGAUUUGAGGAUUGAUGGUACUAGCCAGGACAAAUCCAGUUGGGAAACCGAAACUUCUUUUUAGUUUUUUGAACACUCGCUUUAUGUAAUAAAUAUUCUUUUUUACACAAUCACCAUGCACAAAUUCUUGUUGCACUCUUUAAAAAC